UUGUCGUUGGCGGAAGUAGCUGUGUUGUCUCCUCAUAGAACUUAAAAGAAGGGUCUCCUCCAUCCAUAAUCUGAGCAGGACAAAAUGGCAUUAAGAGCUGCAUUAAGAAACAAGUGCGGCUUGUCGGGUCUUCUUUCCCAGCGGUCCUCCUGCAGCAGUCAUGGCAGAGUUUGUGUGUCUCCCGUCCUCGUCGCUCAGCAGAGGAACAACUCCACCUCGCCCAAGAUCGAUGUGGAAUUUGACCAAAGCACAGGUGUGGCUGUGAUGCGCAUGCAGAGUCCGCCGGUCAACAGCCUCAGUUUAGAUUUCCUCACAGAGUUCUGCAUCGGCGUGGAGAAGCUGGAGAUGGAUAAGGGCUGCCGAGGCCUCAUCAUCACCUCGAACCAGCCCAAGGUGUUCUCAGCCGGGCUGGACAUCAUGGAGAUGUACGGAAAGAGUCCGGAGCGCUGCGGAGAGUUCUGGAGAGCCGUUCAGGAGAUGUGGCUGAAGCUCUAUAGCUCCAACAUGGUCACUAUAGCUGCAAUCAAUGGUUCCAGUCCUGCAGGUGGCUGUCUUAUGUCUAUGACAUGUGACUACAGGAUAAUGGCGGACAACCCUCGGUACAGCAUCGGCCUCAAUGAGACGCAGCUGGGCAUCGUAGCACCUUUUUGGUUCAAGGACACCAUGGUGAACACAGUUGGCCACCGAACCACAGAGAUGGCUCUGGAGCUGGGGUUGCUCUACAACCCGUCAGAGGCCCUGAAGAUAGGACUGGUGGACCAGCUGGUACCUGAAGACCAGGUCCUCACCACAGCCGCACAGGCCAUGACCAAGUGGUUGGCUAUUCCAGACCACGCCAGACAGAUCACCAAGUCCAUGAUGAGGAAGCCAACCGUCGACAAGCUGACGUCCAACAGAGAGGCCGACAUCCAAAACUUUGUCAGCUUCAUCACCAAAGACUCCAUUCAGAAGUCGCUCCGCAUGUAUUUGGAGAUGCUUAAAAAGAGAAGAGCCUAAAAGAGAGAGGGAACACCUAUAAAGUGACACACAUAUACACGCAUUACAGGGAGUUUGUGAUUUGUUGAAAACACAGUGUCAUGUGUGCAUUAGUGUUAAUAGACCCUUGAAUACAGCUCCCUGCAACUUACCUUCGUAACAGUGUUCAACCAGCAAGCACAGGGGGAGACAUACCCAGGAUUGACACCAAUUGAUUGGUCAGUGACAAAUAAACACAACACACCCACAUUUCAUAGUACAUUAGUAAAUGUAAAAAAAACUUUUAUUUUGAGGACUAUUUCGUAACAUGAUAACAUUUGAAGUCAAAGCAAAUCAACACACUGUUAAUCAUAAUACAUAGUGAGUAUACCUAACUAGAGCGAGAGGGAGAGAGAGAGCAGCAGUAGUGGUCGAGUGAGCUAGAGAAGGAAUGAGGAGAGGGAAUGCUGAACAAAGCAGUAGUCAGAGGAAUAAUGCACUCUUUUCUGACUGCUGGGGUUUAGCCAACAGUCGAUUACUGCCACAGACAGGCCUCCACCAAGUGCCUAGCCUUACUGUCCCUUUAAGAAGCAUAACUAAUGAAAGUAAGCUCGGGUGUAUUUGAACAGCCCACAGUGGGCGAAGCCUUUGUGAUCUCUUACAGAUUUAUCUACAACACAUGACUGACUGCUUUUUAGCCUGAUAUUUUUCAAUAAAUGGGUGUAUUU